CAGCGGGCGGCCGCACGCACAGCAGCCGCGCCGGCCCCUUCCAGCCUCUCCCGGCUGAGCGAGCGGGCGGCCGUCGGAGUUUGCCACACAAAGCCUUAAUCUGGGGGAAUUGCUGACAGCUUGUGAAAGAUGUCGGAGUGAUUGUGGCGAAAUAGAAACAGCCUCCCUUCAGCCGCACAAGUAGCAAUCAAGUCUAGGGAGGGGAAAAAAAAAAUAUCGCAUCAUGUGCGGAACAGUUGAUGAGUAGCACAUGGCUUCGGGGUGGUGGUGGAAGAGGAGGAGAAGGCGGAGACUGCUCCUUUUCCAUUUAUGCUAAGAUCUGGACUUCGUGGUUAUAAGAAGAGGUGAGGAUGCAGAAUGCAAUGUGGCCGAAGAAGGCAGACCCGGCAGCGACCUGACUGGCAGCAGGCGCAGCGUUUUCUGCUUGGAGAAGCACAGCCUCGUCUUGCCUUGUGUCGGGAGAGGAGCCCAGAGGCAGAGAGAAACUAAAAUGCCAGCGAAAGGCAAAUACUUCUUCAAUGAAAAUGAAAGCUGCAAGAUCACAGACCCCCUGUAUGAGAAGUACCGCUAUUCAAGCCAGCAGCAUCCUCUGCUUCUUUUCCUGCUUGGCAUUGCCUUUGCCUACUGUGUGACGCUCGUCGUGAUUCUUUGCACCCAGGAUAUCCCACGUGAGCACUUGGCUUUCAUUAUUACCGUGUGUACCGCUUCGGUGAUCUUUAUGAUAAUUUAUGUUCUGGUUUACAUUGAGUCUUUCUUCUGGUGCCGGCUGAAGUUCUUUGCUGCUGUGGUUUGGAUCUGCUUCCUGGUCUUGGGAUACGUGUCUGUUUUUGAGAAUGGAAAAGCUUCUCAAGUUGCAGCGUGGGAACAGGUCCCGUUUUUUCUCUUCGUAAUUUUCACUGCUUACACCAUGCUGCCCUUUGGAAUGAGAGAUGCUAUAAUUGUUAGCAGUAUUUCAGCUCUGUCUCAUAUUGUUGUGCUGACUGUCGCAGCUUACGGAGGAGAACAUGAAAAGCCUCUUGCAUUUCAAGUGCUUGCCAACGCUUUCAUUUUCCUUUGCGGAAACCUGAUGGGUGCGUUUCACAAGCAUCAGAUCCAAGACGCUUCUCUCGAUUUGUACAGAUACACUUUAAAAUGCAUCCAAGUCCAGAUGAAACUGAAGAUUGAAAAGAGGCAACAGGAAAGUUUGCUUUUAUCAAUACUGCCCGCUCAUAUCUCUAUGGGAAUGAAGCUAGCUAUCAUAGAACGCCUCAAAGAAACCAACGAUAGGAAAAAACACGAUAACAACUUCCACAGCCUAUAUGUGAAACGGCAUCAGAAUGUUAGCAUCCUGUAUGCAGACAUUGUUGGAUUUACUCGCCUGGCAAGCGAUUGCUCUCCUAAAGAACUGGUGGUGAUGCUGAACGAGCUCUUUGGAAAAUUUGAUCAGAUUGCAAAGGAAAAUGAAUGCAUGAGGAUCAAGAUUCUUGGAGACUGUUAUUAUUGUGUCUCGGGCUUACCUGUGUCUUUGCCAGUACAUGCCAAGAACUGUGUGAAAAUGGGACUUGACAUGUGUGAAGCUAUAAAGCAGGUGCGAGAAGCCACAGGAGUAGACAUCAGCAUGAGAGUUGGCAUUCAUUCCGGGAACGUUCUUUGCGGGGUGAUCGGGCUUCGCAAAUGGCAGUACGACGUUUGGUCUCAUGACGUCUCCUUGGCGAAUCGUAUGGAGUCUGCAGGAGUUCCUGGCCGCGUUCACAUCACUGAAGCAACGCUAAAUCACCUAGGCAAGGCCUAUGAAGUGGAAGAAGGCAACGGACACCUAAGAGACCCGUACCUCAAAGCCAUGAAUAUCACAACUUACUUGGUGAUUGAUCCAAGGUCCAAGCAACGUUCCUCCAAUCACCAUCAGAUCUCCCAAGCCAGAACACAUGACGGGCUGAAGAUUAGAGCCUCUGUACGGAUGACCCGAUAUUUGGAAUCUUGGGGCGCUGCCCGUCCUUUUGCUCAUCUGAACCAUAGAGAGAGCGUGAGCAGUGACACCUCCGCACCAGGCAGGAAGCAUCGGAAGGAGAUGACAUUGCAUCUGGCAAACCGUCAGAGGGCUUCAGAGAGUCUGGAUGGAUGUAGGCCAGAACACGCGUGUCCUCCUUCGGUUGUAAACUAUAAAAACACUUCUCAAAAGGGAAGGAUGGAAGAAGAUAUUCAUGACAAAAUGCUGUCGACCAUUGAAGGACUCAGUUCAGCCAAGCCCUGGUGUGGUAGCACAGAUGACUUCCGUGGGCUGUGCGGAUUCUUGCUGUUUUUCGUAGAGAUGGGGCUAGAAAAAGAGUAUCGCACCAUCCCCAUUCCGAAACUGCGGAGUUAUUUCGUCUGUGCCAGUGUUGUGUUGCUGUGUAUGUUUCUGGUGCAGAUACUCAUAAUGCCAAGAACUGCAAAAUUGGGGAUUUCAUUUGGAAUGGUAGCAGUCAUCAUGGGACUUAUUUUGUGUAUUUGUUUUGCUGAUAAAUGUUGGAGAAGCUGCUCCGAACGGUGGCCUCCCCUGCGCGCUCUGUGCACAUUUUCGAAGAAAGUCAAGACGAUGCCAACCGUGAGGCUCCCACUGGCUGCUGUUGCAAUCGGCUCUUUGUUGAUCAUAGCCGUUUUUAACUUGCCAGUGACGCAGCCCACCAGAAACCGUACUGCAUCACCUAUGGAUGAAUUGGCCACCCUGGGAAUAAUGCCUGGGAAUAAUGUUGUCACAGUCUACUCGUAUUGUACCUACUGCUGCCUCCUGGGGUUUAUUGCUUGCUCCGUCUUCCUCCGGAUGAGCUUUGAACUCAAGCUUAUCCUUUUGUCAGGAGGCGUCGUUGGGUAUUUCAUCAUUUUUAAUACCUGGCUGCCAUUGAACGCUAACCACGGCGCUGUCAGCAACAUCACCAAAAGGUUUAUUAUGAAAGACCCAAGAACAAUGACCAAUUUGUACCUGGCAUUGUUUUACAUUACUCUAGUUCUUCUGUCAAAACAGAUAGACUAUUACUGCCGGCUAGACUGCCUACAAAAGAAUAAAUUUAAAAAAGAGCACGAGGAGUUUGAAACCAUGGAGAAUGUCAACAGGCUGUUGCUGGAAAAUGUUCUUCCAGCCCAUGUCGCUGCCCAUUUUAUUGGGGACAAAUUGACCGAGGUACAGAACGGCAGCACUAAGCAUCUGACUGAUUGGUACCAUCAGUCCUAUGACUGUGUUUGCGUCAUGUUUGCUUCCGUUCCGGACUUCAAGGUGUUCUACACGGAGUGUGACGUCAACAAGGAAGGACUGGAGUGUCUCCGCCUGCUGAAUGAAAUCAUUGCUGAUUUUGAUGAGCUGCUAUUAAAGCCUAAAUUCAGUGGUGUUGAAAAAAUCAAGACUAUUGGGAGCACGUAUAUGGCGGCAUCGGGGCUUGGAGUUACACCAGGCCAAGAGAACAACCUGGAUCAAGAGAGGCAGCAUGCUCAGAUUGGCAUCAUGGUGGAGUUUGCGCUGGGUUUGAUGACGAAAUUGGACGGCAUCAACAGGCAUUCCUUCAACAAUUUCCGCCUCCGAGUGGGCAUAAACCAUGGGCCCGUGAUAGCUGGAGUGAUUGGUGCUCGCAAGCCGCAGUAUGACAUCUGGGGAAACACCGUCAACGUUGCCAGCAGAAUGGAGAGCACUGGCGAACUCGGAAAAAUCCAGGUUACAGAAGAGACAUGCAAAAUACUCGAGAGCCUCGGGUAUGCCUGUGAAUGUCGAGGACUCAUUAAGGUGAAGGGAAAGGGAGAGUUAAGGACUUACUUUGUCUGCACCGAUACAGCCAAAUCACAAGUGCUUUGAUUCAAAGGGGAAACUGCUGAGAAGUUUGGUCCAGUUGUCUCUCACAUCGUGUUUUUAACCAGCUUCCCUUCUGUGAAGUCUAAGAACUUUGCCUCCUCAUGUUAAGGAGCUUAUUCCAGAUGUACUAUGAAGAGUACUACUAACGCAUCUCAAGAAAUGGGCUCCGGUUCAGAGUGCAGGAAGCUCUCAAAGGAUGUUUACAAUGUCUGCCCCCAUUUCCAUGCGAGUUGGGGAAUUUCUUAUCCAUGGAUUGUCUCCUCCUUUUCCCUGCCAACAUGGGACAUAAAGUGACCCUCCCUUUGCGUACCUUUGUGGAUUCAAAGUUGAACCAAUUGUCUUGUUAAAACAUUCAACUGCCUCUUCCUUUGUUAGACUUGCUUAACAGUAUUGCACUUACAGAAGACCUCUGACUUUAUGAAAACUCAAAUACCUUUUCAGUGUGUUACAUUCUCCUGGACAGAAGGAAAUCUUAUCUGAAGAGCUUUCAGUAGAUUGUGUGCUAACUAGUUUGUAUAGAUCUGGACAUUAGACUUUUUGAAAUGGUAACAGUAACAGGUUUUCAUGAUACACCCAGCGGUAUAAGUAGAAAAAUCUCUGGAUGGCAUUGUUGAUCUUAGUUGUGUAGCCACACCCCUUCCUCUUAAGCUGCACCUGUUGAGUAUUGACCUACUCAGUUUGAUCAAGCUUAGUUGAACAUGUCAGACUGUUAUAUAGCCCAGUGCUGUCUACUCUUGUCCGGCAGCAGUUUCUCUUUGCUGCCCUUCUCAACCUUGCUGAGAUCUUUUUAGCUGGCGAUUCCAGGGACUGAAAUUGUGGGACCCUGGGGCAUGCAAAGCCUUUUGUGAUUCAACUCAAUCCUGCAAUCUGCCCUUGGUUCUAGAAGAACUGCAGUGCUGGUAUUCUCCACAACUGGAUUUCAAUCCAUUUUGCCUCCACAGAAUAACCCUUUCGUUUCAGUCAUCUUGCAUCCCUGCCUGCUUUUGCCUCUUUUUAUGGUACGCCCACUAGGGCACUAUAUACAAGAAAAUGAAAUACUGAAUCAGAAGCAUGCCAACAGUUAUUGUGGCAAGCUUUUGGGUGUUGGAUCCAGCGCAAAAUUUCCACAUGCGCAAGUAAAAACACACAAAAAAGACCAUGGUAGCUGCUUGUGCUAAGUCAAACUUACUGUAACCGCGCACGUUUCCACUUGCACUAAGAUCUUGCGCAACUAAUUUCUAGGCACUAUAAUAUAUAGGGAGGAAAGUGCUAGGUGUAAAACAUGAUUUUGUGUGAGCAGAAGGGUCCUAAGUCUAUUUAUGCUUGUCUGUCACUGGAUCCAAGCCUUCGUAUGGCAAAGGGAGCUCUCCCUUCCCAAUAGUUUCCCUGACAGAUUCCAUUGCUGCUGAGAUGCCACCAACCAUUUUCUGGUUGGUUUGGUAAAAACCAACAAGGAGAAUGAGUGUAAUGUUUACUGUGAGGCAUGCUGAUACCUUGGGGUUUCUAAAAUCCCUUUUGUUCACAUGAAGUUGUGUUAUACUGAGUUAAACCAUUGGUCCAUGCAGCACAGUAUUGCCUCACCGGCUGGCAGCAGCUCUCUAAGAUUCCAGGGAUCUUGGCUGGUUGCCAGGAUCCUUUUACAGAGAUGGAAGAGCACGAAUCGGGACUCUGCUUGCACAUCCAAGUGGCUGCUCUGUGGGUAAACUACUAUGCCUCAUGCUUCAAGAUGUGUAUAUUCCUUGGGUUUGUUUGAAAACUUAACAAUUUUUAAUCAUUUUUGUUUUGUCCCACAUUGAAAUUCAUCUGCAUCAGUUUUCAUAAUAGCUAAUUAGUUAAACAGCUGCAAAGACUGACUUCCUGUUUUGAGCAGCCCAACUAACCAAUCUAAGGAGACGAUUGAGGUUGGUUUCAGGAACAUUUUGAUAGCUGAGUAGAUUUGCAUGAAACCGGAAGUAUUUCGUGGGAAGAUCCUAAUAAAGUUAGGAGCUCCUUUUGAAGUGUUUAGUUUGCCCAAAUGGUAUCAUGUAUACAGGAGCCUAUAUGGAAAAGUAUGCAUCACGGGACUAGUUCCGAAAACUUUCUCCGUACAAGUAUUUUUGCCUGAGAAACCUUUCACAAAAGGAAACAGAAACAGCUGUGCCCCAUGUAAAAAUUUAACAGCAGUGACUUGUGCAUAUUCUGGGGAAGAAACACAAAUUGUUUUGCAUCAGAGUACUUUAUAAACUGAAGAACGAAGAACAUGAAAAACUUUGAUAUGGUUAUGUUUUCCUAUACGUGAUUAAGUAUCCAUUGGCUGCAUUGCCACUUUGAUGUAGUGGUUAUGAGCGGUAGGACUCGAAUCUGGAGAGCCGGGUUUGAUUCCACCACUCCUCCGCUUGAAGCCAGCUGGGUGACCUUGGGUCAGUCACAGCUUCUCGGAGCUCCCUCAGCCCCACCCACCUCACAGGGUGAUUGUUGUGAGGGUAAUAAUAAUAACACACUUUGUAAACCACUCUGAGUGGGCGUUAAGUUGUCCUGAAGGACGGUGUAUAAAUCGAAUGUUAAAUCGAAUGUUAUGAUGUUAUUUGUGGUCAGAUUUUGUAGAAAGCCUUUUAAUUAAAUUUAAUCCUAAUGAAUACAGCAUCACACUUUACAGCCCGCUUGCUGGGAAAUAAGUUAAUGGAAAUAUAGUGGAAGCCUACCAGACUAACUCCAAGACUUCUUCCAGAUCUGAGGAUUUGGGACUCGUUAUAUGUUGUUCGAUUUCUAGCUUUUCUGAGUGGAGAAUAACCGACUGCAAAGUUUUCCAACAUGCUUUGCCUUGUAGCGUUUGUUAUAAUUACUGUGUAAUUAAAUUGAUGCCGAGGCUCAAGCACCUAUGUUUCAGAAUAGGAACAAAUCUCUUCUAGUGGGGUCCUAUUGCAGAGUUACAGCUUGUAAAAGUCUUGGUUGAAUACAGCAGGUUGCAGCAGAAAGAAAACUGCUAGAUAGCACUAUGAGGAAGUUUGCGCAAUUGCCUUUGGGUAACAGCUGUAGGCUAAUGUGAAUUAAUAUAACACGUAAUACAUUGCUUUCAGUUGUGUGUUUGUAUUCGAUUUUUUAAAAAAUAAAAUACAGAUACUAGAAUGCUUUUCAAGUUUAUCCGCAUUGUCUGAAGGGUCACGACGAUCUCACUUGACUGAGGCUUUGUUAUGGUUGGCAAUUAAGCUAUGAAGCCAGCCGCAGACACUGAAGUGUGAAACGUAAGCAUUAAUUUUUGUUUAUUGCUUCUGUUCACAUUGUACUGCUUUAAGGUAACUCGCUGAGCUACAUGUUUUCUGUUUUAAGUUUAUUGCCUUGCAUUUUUUUUUAAAAAAAAAACUGGAUUAAAAGGUAGGAUAUUUCUGUUUCCUAACUGCUGUUUUCAUUCUGUCACUUUAAGAUUUUAUUUAUAUAUUUACUUGUAUUUAUCAUGCGCUCUCCCCGCAGUGCGGAGCACAACAUAUAUAUCAUCAUAACAGAAUAAAACAUGGUAGCAUAAAACAAGAUAAAAAUACCUUUAGGUUACUUAAAAACAGGGGUCACAAAAUUGCACAGCCUGUUGAAACAAAACCCAAUGGGGCUGGGUGGCCAGCUGCAGAUGGGCAGCAACGGCAGGAGGCCUGUCCGCCUCACCCGUCGUAUGCCUGGCUGAA